AUGUUUAAGGAGAAAUCCAUUCCACAUAAACUGUUUGGCAGGCUGGUUGUGAAGAUUGUUGUGUUGGUAAGAAUUGGUCAUGUCGUAGGUGUAGGAAAAGUAAAAAUGGCAUGUCAAGUCCACCGAACUAAACAAAUUGUACAGUCUGCAAUAUUCUCACAAUAUCACUUUUUCUCCGUCCUGCUCUGGACAAUAUUGAACGUGUUGGAAAUGAAUAUAGAUGAUUACCGAUACCCUUACCAAGUACAGCCAAUCAACUCCCAAUUCCACAAUUUUAUGCAUAACUACUCUAACAGUCAGAUUGCAUGUUUCAAACAUGUAGGCAUGAAUACACAACCCAUCAUGUACAGACCACACGAGUCGUUGAAAAUAAGCAAUUCAAGCAUCCCCAAGCGAAAGAGAAGGAAUUUGUUCACCCCCGCUCAAAACGCAGAGUUGGAGACACGUUUUCGAUCUCAAAAGUACUUGUCGGCCCCCGAAAGGGAACAGUUGGCCAAAAGCAUAAACCUGACAACAACACAAGUAAAAAUAUGGUUCCAAAACCAUCGCUACAAGUACAAGAAGUAUAUCAAGGAGAAAGAAAAAAAUGCCCCGGACGAACCAAACAAAGAGGAGUCACUACUUUUAGAUGUUGAGUCAAACAAAUACUUCCAAGAGGACCAGAAAGUCUGUUUGGAACGAAUGGAAAAAGGGGACUACUCACUUGAUGUUAAACCUUUUAAAAAUUGGAAUAAUAUAUGA